UUAUUAUUUGGGAUGUAGGUGAUAAGGGCCAUUGUUCUCACUGAGUGGCACUUGCCUGAUCCUCUGUCAUCCAUCCUUUCCUGCUCUCCAGCAUGGUGUGUCUGUGGCUUCCCAGAUGCUCCUGUAUGGCAGCUCUGACUGUGAUAUUGAUGCUGCUGAGCCCUCCUGUGGGUUUGUCCAGGGACACCCGCCCACGAUUCCUGCAGCAGAUGAAAGCUGAGUGUCAUUUUUUCAAUGGGACAGAGCGGGUGUGGCAUGUGACCAGAUACAUCUUUAACCAGGAGGAAAUCCUGCGCUUUGACAGCGAUGUGGGGGAAUUUCGGGCAGUUAGCGAGCUGGGGCAGCCCAUAGCUGAGUACUUGAACAGCCAGAAGGACAUCCUGGACAAUUACCGCGCCGCUGUGGACAGGUGCAGAAACAACUACGCACUUGUUAGCCUAAUGUCAAAGCGGAGAGGUGAGUAAUGGGCUGGAUCCACCAGGCAGGUGGAGGAGGGG